GAGCUGGUGGGGAGUAAUCCUCCUCAAAGAAACUGGAAAGGAAUUGCAAUUGCCUUACUUGUUAUUCUCGUUAUCUGCUCCCUGAUUGUCACCUCUGUUAUACUCCUGACACCAGUGGAAGAUAACAGCUUGUCUCAGAAGAAGAAGAUAACAGUGGAAGACCUCUUCAGUGAUGAUUUCAAAAUUCAUGACCCAGAGGCUAAAUGGAUAACUGAUAAUGAAUUCAUAUAUAGAAACCAGAAUGGCACAGUGAUUCUGAGGAAUGUCGAAACUAACAAUUCAACAAUAUUAAUAGAAAACAAAAAAAUUGUCUCCUUAAAGGCUAUUCGAUAUGAAGUAUCACCUGACCGGGAAUAUGCACUUUUUGCUUUUAAUGUUGAACCAGUGUAUCAGCAUUCAUAUACGGCAUAUUAUGUCCUCAGCAAAAUACCUCAUGGGGAUCCCCAGAAUUUGUAUCCCCCUGAGGUCAGCAAUGCAAAGCUUCAGUAUGCUGGUUGGGGUCCAAAAGGGCAACAGCUGAUAUUUAUCUUUGAGAAUAACAUCUAUUACUGUGCCCAUGUGGGGAAACAAGCCAUCCGAGUGGUCUCCACAGGAAAGGAAGGUGUUAUUUUCAAUGGGCUCAGCGACUGGCUGUAUGAAGAGGAGAUCUUGAAGACUCAUAUUGCUCAUUGGUGGUCACCUGAUGGCACCAGGUUAGCAUAUGCAACAAUUAAUGCCUCCAGAGUCCCCACCAUGGAGAUCCCAGUAUACACUGGCAGCCUUUACCCUACUGUUAAAACGUAUCAUUAUCCAAAGGCUGGAAUGGAAAAUCCAACUAUUUCUUUGCAUGUGAUUGGUCUGAACGGACCUACCCAUGACCUGGAAAUGACUCCCCCGGACGAUCAGAGAAUGAGAGACUACUAUAUAACCAUGGUGAAAUGGGCAACCAGCACCAAGGUGGCAGUAAACUGGCUGAACAGGGCCCAGAACGUGUCUAUCCUGACGCUCUGUGACGCCACCACGGGAGUCUGCACCAAGAAACAUGAAGAUGAAAGUGAAGGCUGGCUGCACAGACAG